AUUUGAGUCAGCUAGGUAUUCCAUUUAACAUUUUAGCACCAUCAGGUCAUCGAGAAGGAGUUUGACUUUAAUGAGCUGCAGGGAAAUCAAAGAAAGAAACUGAAGGCUGAGAGUAAAGUGAUGAGGACGGCGCAUUUGCUUCAUAUGCAAAGAAUGCAUCUGGUGUCAAAAUGUUACUGAGGUCAAAGGUGAAUAUGUGUGUAAACGGGUUUAUAAAAGCAGGUGUCAUUGUGAAAAACAGUGGGCGCUGUUUUAUAACUGUGAAAGUCACCUGUUAUUGUCAACUGCAUGUCAUGUAAGCGCCAUGUUUUUUUUAUAGCUAGGAUUACUUCUGUAUGGGUACUUCACAGACAUCCAGGGUUAUUUAUAGAUUAGAUUUAUAGAUUCCGGACGUUAAAUAAUACUUGAAGUUUUUGUCUUUUUUUAUCAUACAUAGCAGGUUUUUCAGUAUGGGCUGGAAUUAGCUGCUUUCUUACACACAAACAGUACUAAAGUAAGGGGACUGAACAAGUUUUGCAAAUGAUGAACUAUUCCUGUAAAAAGCGUAAACCCCCUAGUCUCUUUUCUCUCUCCCAGACUUUUUUUCAAAGCCUUUAAUUCUCUUCCAGUCACCACCCUCCAACACAAAUUGACACGAGGAUCUCUGGAUGUUUAUACUCCAAGAGGACUCAUCGUUUUUAAUGAGGAAGGUUUGUGAUUUGAUCUCCUUUCUACAUUCAUCAACACAUGACAAGACAUUUACAUCUUUUUUGCAGAGUCACAGGCACUUCACUCUUUUUCCCCCAUUUCCCUCCUGAUAUCCAGGUUGAGACAUGCAUCCGUGCAGUCCGGUUAACACCCCCAGCUGUGUGUCUGCCCGACAACCUCAACCUAAAUUCAACUCAGCUGCUGGAUUUCCACAGAAAAUCCUGUCUUGUUUCCUUCCACAGCAUAAACAAUUAUGGUGAAGAUCUACACAGCCACAACACAGCAAAGUCACCUUCCUUCAGGCAAGCAUCAAAAUUCUUCCCCGCUUGGGACUUUUUUGGUCUGGACUAAUGAGAAACCUCCUUUAACAUGAGAUUUUAUCUUUUCGGCUUAACAAAGAAAAAUUGUUCUCUUGGCCUCCCGCCUAUUCCUGCAUUCACCCUAUAUAGUCUGAAAAAAACCUAUCCCACUGUUCUCGAGCCUGUCCUAAAACAGAUGGGUCAUUCAUCAGUCACAAACCAUCAUCAAAAAUUGUUGGCCUAACUCUGACUGAAAUGAGUUUUCUGGUCAAGACUCAAGAGUUGCAAAAUAUCUAGUAAAUGUUGCUUAUUCAUCUUUUUUGAUCAUCUUUCUUUCACUCGUUUGACCUCGAUUCAAUUCAUCAUCAUGUUUUUGUCUUAAAGGGAUAUUCUGGGUGCAAAAUUGAGUUGGGGUCAAACACACCGUAACACCGAGUUAGACACCUCUUGAGAAAUGAAUGUUGCCGACUGCUUGCUUCUCUAGUUAUGCCAACUUUAGUAACGACUGCAGGAUAGCAAUACAGAGAGCCACGUGCCCAACCAAAACAUCACUCUAUAGCCACAAAUAAUGCUCAGAACAGCACCUAACUUCAUCAACAGUACAUGUAGGGUCUAAGCCACAGCAUUAGCCACCAAACAUAUUUUUAAUUUUGCCUUAUUUCUUUAGCAAAGAGACUAAACACAACUCACCUACUCUCUUCCAGCAGCUGCUUGUUUGUAGCGAGACCUCAGGCCAGUCCAUUACAGACUGCAGCAGGGUGACGCAGCUCAAAGAAGAACAUUUAUGAUCAAUACUUCAUCAUUUCCUUGAAGUAAUAAUCAUCAUAUUAAUCAUUUUGCACUGCAGAUGCGGUAGUUCUUCUGCCUUAGCGUCUUGGUCUGACUGCAUUUCCAUAAAGAAAUUAUCAUUAAUGUUCUUCCUAACUGAAUUUUAUGCUGGAAUAUCCCUGUAAACUGCAGCACUACAUUUUAAGAUUAAAAAGCAAAAGGAUAUCGCCAUGACUUGAGUUUUGAAGCCUGAUUUGAAGGGUGGGUAUCCAAAGAAGCCAAGAUCAGGUACUCAAAUUUGCCAAAUUGAUGCUUAAUUGACACCUUGCAGCAUCUAGUAAUUCACAGAUUGGACACUCUCUUAAUUAUGCUUAACUUUAUGUCAAAAUAUAGAUACACUGAACGCUUUCAAGUUUCAACCCACUGGGCAUUUUUUGGUCUAAUGGACGAAUAAAUGUAGCCCAGACGACUGGUCUAAAAUCAGGCUACCACAGGUCUAAAAAUUAAAGUUUUUUAGGUGUCUAAAUUCAGACCAAGUUUAGACUAAAUCUAUAUUUGGGCUAUAUCUAUACUACACUUUAUAUUGCUCAACGGCUAUCAUAAUUAUUUUGGUUAAGUACUUGGAGAUCAGUUAUGCAACUCAUAACUCAACGCUUUUUGAAAUAAGUAGUUAUCGAAUAAUGGGUUAAAGUGCAACAUCUAAAUUUCAUCCAAAAAUAAACAGAAUCUAGACAGUUGAAGUUAGGUCUAAAAAAAGUUGACGUCUAAUAGCCGUCUAUUGCUCAGUGGGAAGUCACAUGAGUGGCUUUGUUGUUGUGCCAUGAAAUCGGCCACUAUAAGCAGCUUUUAACGUCGGAUAACAGCCAAACAAAAACUUUUUUCCGUCAUAAAACUAUCUCAUACGAAGAUUGUAUUACAGCAGAAGGCGUGUUUCUCAAGAGUCUGCAUCUAGUGAAGCAAAUUAUGUGGAAAUCUUGACUUUGAAAUCAGAAUUUUCUCAAAAGAGGGAAGCUGGACAACAGCAAAAUGAGCCAGACCAAACCGUUGAAGUAAAUAACUUAAGUGAAUAAAUCAUUUUCAAAAGGGUCAAACAAAAUGCAGAAACAAUGCUAUCAUCUCUAUAUCAAGUCUGUUUUGGUCCCACCACCAUAUCCACCAUAUGUAAGUGAUAAAAAGGAAAUGUGAUCCCUCCAAUCUUUAGGUAAGCAAUGCUGCUGAUGGACACCAGUAAUUAUGUUAAGGGCUGGAACAGCUGCAGCUUUCUAACUAUUUACACCUGCUUCCCAUGAUAUCAUGACUGCUCAUUAUUCAAGCCAGCUGACAUCAGAUGACCUAGACAUGGAACUGUGCCCACCAUGUCUAGACUCCUGCAUGCUAGCUCUAGCUUUGUCUGAAUCUGUAAUUUUUCCUCAUGGCAGUGAUCCAUAGGUUCAUUAUUUUCACCGAUGAAUUUUCGUCAUAUACUUAAUGCCUCUCUGUAGAAUAUAAAAGCAGUGAGGACUUAAGUUUCUGAGUAGGUCUAUGGAUAGGAACAUGCUUCUGAGGAAACAAAGCCAAGAGCGGUGAGCAACACGAAAAACAGCAGAUAAAUAAUAUUGUCAGAUUUUAUACCGGUAAAAGAUCAUUUCCAUGAACUCGCAGGGCCACAUCUGCAGAAUGUAAACAAGACAUAAAAUCAGAGUGUAAUUGUGCUCUAUCUCUCUGUUGUUGAUAAUUAAAUUUUCUGUCUAAUGAGUCAUUAAAUACAUCAGGCCUGCACCUGUUACAUGCCGUCCUAGGAACAAAGACGCUCUCUCUCUCUCUCACUUGAAUAUUGUCAUAGUGGUGGACAGACAUCAUAUACACACAUAAUGAAACACCCUUUCAUUUGACUGAACACAUUUGGUGUCCAGAUGUGCUCUCAAUCUGUUCAGGUGCCCUUCACCACACCUAGAUCACCAUUUUUUAAACCCAUCACAUGGAACUGUUUUUGCACAGUCUUAUUCAAUUACCUGGUGUACGGCAAUAAAAAUAAUUAUCCACUAAUUUGAUGGCUUUAACUUGCCUUCAUUACCACAUCCUCAUAUCCUGUGUGCUCAUAGGCAGCUGUUGUUGGGCAUUUAGCUAACGUUGUUAGCAGCCACAAACUCUUUAGUUUGCUGUGCGCCAAUGGCUUUUCGUGUCUGAACACAUCUAAAGCAUAGUUAACACUGUCACCCUAAAAAUUACACAAAGGGAAAAGGUGUGACUUCAUAAACAAUUUCCAUACAUUUUUAUUCUUCAGGAAAAUAAAUUAACAAAUCCCUAAAAACAUACUAGAGAGUUUCUGCGAUAUUUAAAUGUAACUAAAAACGUUAAUAGGCCUCAGAGAGGUUGCAACAGUUCAUCAAGAGAUUGUAGAAAUAGAUGAUUUUGAGUAAUGAAUAAUGCAUCAAACAGUAAGAUUACCACAAAUCAAAAAACAAAUGAUCAAAGUCAUUAAACAAGUGACAAAGUUAGCGUGGCAAAUACUAUGAAACCAACAAUUCAAGUGUGAGCUCAACAGUGAGACUGGUUGGUGCAAAGAUUGAUUAACCUUUUUUAAAGUUAAUUAAAGUGAUAAAUAUGUAUUUACUGAUAAGUCAUGUACACAAUUUAGCUUAAAACAAUAUAACAACUUUGAAGUAGAUAACAGUAACGAGUUAACAGUAAACAGUGAUGGAUAAGUGGUUAAAGUUGCUAACUUCAACAAAUGAAUAAUAUGAAGCAACAUCAAGAGCUGGUAGAGCAUAGCCAAAAAUAAUAUCACCAACAUUUAAAAAGGUUGAAGAUAAAUUUAUUAAAUGUAUUUACUUAUGGAAGAUAAAUCAAAGACAACAUAGAGGUAAAAUCUGGAAAGUUUUUUUGGGUUUAUGUGAAAUAUUUGUUCAUUUUGAAUUUGAUGCCAUCAACUUUUUUGCAGCCUAUUUGGCGCCAAAGCCAGUUAUAGCGUUAAGCAAAAGUUAAUAAAAAGCAGCAGAAAAAAGUUUUGCAGCUAUUUCUUAUGAAGAGUUUCAAACUAAACAAACUGAAACUAAUCUAGAAGCUUGCUGAUGAGUGAAAAAGGUAAACAAGACCAUUGGCAAAAAGAUUUUCAAUUUCUAUAUUGUUGGUUUUAAAGCCGACAAGUUCUUCAUGAGGAGGAGCAAGGUGAAGGGAAUCCCAUCUUUACUCUGCCGGAAGAAAAUAUUCAUGAUGAGUGAUACAUUUGACUGUUAAAAGGAGCAGGACAAGAUUUCUUCUCUGAAAAUAUCAUACAACUGCACAAAAAGUGUGAGCCAAAAUGGACACUUAAGUUCCUCCAGGAGCUUUACGGUGAAUAUUUGAUAUUGAGUGAUGUAUUCUGCUAACCCAUUUACAUGUCUGUAAAUGAUCUGUUGGAUAAUUAAGACAGUAUUAAAGAACCAGUAAUGAAAAAGUCAAGAAAGGUCUCUUGUAAAAAGUUGAAAAAAGGCAUUGGCUAGCAGGAUUGACCAGGCUAGCAAAACUAAAAUCAAGAGUAAUGGUCAAGAGGUAGACAAAUAUUAAAGUUUGCAAUAAAUAGCUCAUAGUAGGGCGUAAAAUGGCACCUAACAGCUCCUCCACCUGUUAAAAAAACAGACAAGAAACAAACACUUCAAAACACAAACAACAAAUCAAUAUGAAAGUGCACUCUUUCUUUAAAACUUUAAUGCAUUGAUGGUAAAGACUAUCUUUGGGAAUUGAAGUUCACAGCUCCAGGACAGAGUUACUCAAUCCUGAUUAUGAAAAAAAAUUGUUUGAGUAAACAUUGGGAAAUAGUUGUUUGACUAAUAUGUAAUCAAAUUACUGUAUAUUAUAGAUGCACUUAGUUAAACAUCUUCCACUUUAGUGGAAUUAGCAUGUAAACUUGAUUAAAACAGGGAAAACACAUUUGAACGUUUGAAAAAGUGGCAGAUGAAACAUUCAGCUUUAUAUAGUUAAUAUUUCCUCAUUCCAUUAAUGACCCAUUUAUAAGAGUGUCUCAAAACAUGCUGGUUGGAGCUGCACAGGUUUAAGCUCUAGACUGAUAGGAAUGAAGCACACACAACAAACAUCAGGGAUUUAAAGGCACUUACUUAAUGCAAUUAUGGGUGACUGUGCAUCAAGCAGAGCCAUUCAAACAGUAUAGAAAAGCUUUCCAUAAUUACACCAUCAUCAUCAGCCUGCUGAGUGAGGGAAAACACAUACCCUCAUUCAUCUGCACCUCUGGCCAAAUACACAUCAGCGUGUGUGUGUGUGUGUGUGUGUGUGUGUGUGUGUGUGUGUGUGUGUGUGUGUGUGUGUGUGUGUGUGUGUGUGUGUGUGUGUGUGUGUGUGUGUGUGUGUGUGUGUGUGCGCGCGCGUGCAUACAUGUAAAAGCACCCUGAUACCACCCAGACAGGCAGACUGCAGCCAUGAACUUUAACACAUUAGUCUGGGAAUAUAGCUGCCUCCAUUCUGGGCACUGGGCCAAUACAAUAAGGGGAAAUACCUCACAGGCUAUCCCCACUGCACUGUACAGCAUGAUCUACAACUGGGCCACAUCAGUUCGCACUGCACCACAACACAAAGAAGUCAUUCAUUCAUAGGAUUUCUUAUAUAUUUUCUUCAUAAUUAAUAUUAAUCCCCUGUUACUCAAACCAGAUUAAUUAAAAAAUAUCUGGUUUAUGUGGGGGAGGUUCAUUUGUGUUCACUUCUUGUGAGGUCUUAAAAUUACCAGCUUGCUGAACAAGAAACUAAAGAUGAGCAUCUGAGCCAGUGCGCCAAGGAAACUAUUACCAAAUUUGCUUUUUUUUUUUUUAAACAAUUAGAAACGGACAAGACAAAAACACACAAUUUGAACACUGAUGGGUGAACAUACAAUACUUCAAAAACAGAUUUCAUAAAAAAAAGUCCAAUUAGCAUCUCACCCCAAGCUGUCUAGCCUGAAUUGUUUGCAGUGUAUUGUGUAAGAAUCUUAAAGACACCGAUGACCUUGUUUGAAAGUUGUUUGUGUGUUCACAUAAAAUUCAGAGGUCAGUGAUUAUCUCUCGCCCAUGCAGAUAAUUCUCCUUCUUCCACUCAGGAAGUCGUGUGUACUUGUCUCGUGUAUAGACGUCUUCUGACCAGGCAGGUCUGACCCUUGCUCCGCGCUGCUCUUUUAUCCCCAGAACUCAUCUCUGCAGCACGAGUCUGAUUCACAUGUUCAGGUCAAGUACUGUAAAUAGUGAGUUCAAAUAAAGUGAUUUCUUACGGUGCUUUAAAAGUGUCUUCCAAUAUAACCUCAUUCACCCUGGAGGUGAGGAGAGUUUGUGGUUAGUUUGAUCUGUGGUUCAUUUUGGACGACUUUACUGUGCGGAGUCAUCAUUGUGCAAUCUAAUCUAGCUUUGUUAUAACAAGAUCUUAAUGCUGCUUUUCAUCUUUGUCACGCUUUUCUCAAAUAUUCUUUUUUUCCCACCAGCUUGGGUCUCAACCAGACCUCUCAGUACCACUUCACCUUAUGUGGUCUGCGUACAUUUCUGUGAAACCAGAGAGCACUGCACAGCUGUUGGUUUUCAAUCAUUAACGUUUAUUAAAUGGACCUUUUACUUUUUCACAGCCUUAUUUUUAGCCAGAUCUAUUAUAUUUGAUCACAUCUGAUCCACCACGCCGCACUUAUAUGAGACUGAUUCCGCCACAGCACACUAGAUAAAUCAUCCUUCUUUCACUUGAUGACAAGUGAAGGGCUGGAAGCUCUCCGCUCCAGUUCUCACAAAAUCCAGCAGCUGCUUAAAUCAAAAUGUCAUGUAUUGAGUUAGAUGCAACCCUUAAACCCACAGAAAGCUGUUUUAUUUUUAAAUGACAGCUGAAUAAACGUCUCUGUGUUUUACUUUACAUAUCUAAGCUUUUUUAGUUCAUGCCUGAGUCAGCACAGCAGAGGGGAGCAGGUCCAUACCAUUGUAGUGAAUCUAGUCAAUACUCUAGUCAAUACAACCUGCUACCUGUAAGCUGCUUGUCUAAUGUCUUUGUGUCAAAUCAUAUCUCUUUUUUCUUCAGGGCAUAUGUUUGCACACCUAAAGGAUUGUUGGAUCUAUAAUAAUACAUUUAUAGUACUUUGAAGCUCAUAGUGUGAUUAUUUUGAAUAUUUUUUGGCGUAUUUACUCUGAAACAGCUGGGGAGAACAAAGCCAACACAAAUCGUUAUUCAUAGUUUAUUCUUCCCACCAUAAAACACAGAUUUGCACGUGCAGUUGGAGGUCUUUAUUAGGAAAAGUUUACAAACUUUGGUUUUUAAGUUGUUUGAAAAAGAAAAAUGUGGACGAGUAUGGUGCCUGUUUUGGGGUAAUAUUGAUGUUGUCUUUUACCUAGUGUUGUGUCGUUUGUGAACGAUUCGUUCAAAAGAACUGAAUCUUUUACAUGAAGUACUGAACAGAAUCACUUCCUCAAGUGAUUCGUUCAUUUCUCACUUCAGUUGAGCUGUCAGCAGCACAGCUGAUAUGGCAUGCAGCAUUGCCAGGCAAGCAGCCAGGGAACAAGGGAAUGCACGUACUGCCGCCUGAAUCACUUGGUAAACAAAUCACGCAUUGAACCACACUCUCAGGAAUCAUUUAUUUUGGGCAAAACUAACUUGCAUUCAAUAGGACACUGCAUGUAACAAGUAGUGCAUAAAAGCUGUAGCAUCCUAUCAAUGCAGUGGUUUGCAAGGGAACGGUGCAUGUUCAGUGUGAAUUCUCCUAAACAUUCAGUGAACCAAUCACUCACUGAGCCCAAUUUACUGAGUCGACCUGAUAAAUAGCAUACCAUAAGACAGUACACUGAAAACAUCAUGACUUAUAAACAAGUUCAUUUUUACAAACCUGUUUGCAAAAGCAACACAGCCAAACACUCUCGUCUCCCGGUCCCAGAAGCCGUGAUCUGAACUGAAUCCUGAACCGUUCAGUUGUGUAUCAGUCCAGGAGGUCAAAGUCGCAGGCUCCUCCCGCCAAGCACUGAAUGAUUUGGUGAUUCGGUGAACGAAUCUUUUGAACAAAUCUUUUUAGUGAACUGAUUCUAGUGAUUCAGUACAUCUAAAAGAACUGCCGUGCCCAUCACUACUUCACCACCUUUUUACAUUUAAAAAAGUUUUAACAACAGUUAAAUACGAUAUUUUCUUAAAACUGUUGAUUUGAAAUUAAAUAUGUUUGUUUUUUUUUUCCUUUAAGGAUCCAUUUGACUGACACAAGCUGAGAUCAGACAUUAUCCAACUAUUUAGGCUGCAAGUAUUGAUCGAUUAAAACAGAUUCAUGUUAAGCCUAAAUGGGUUGAGGGCUUUGAAAUGUGAAUUGCUAAAAACCUUUUUAAAGGUCACAAAUUAAUUGUCAAUUUGACUGUGGCAAUGAGAUAAGCAAAAACUUUGAACACAUUUUAGUGUGGUUUACUGUCACAUAAUAAUCUGAAAUAUGCAUUUCUUUGUUACAAAAGGUAAUUGAUUGUAAAGUCAGAGUUGGUUGGAAUCUAGACCUUUAAAAAAUGUUCAUAUGUUUCAAGAGACUUUUUAUAGUAGAUUAACUGUUUCUAUAAGCAUACCAUUCCAGUUAAGCAUAUAGCUACAGCUGAUUUUACCAGCUGAUCCCUCAUGCUUCUCUGAAUCUGAUUGAUUUCUAGAAAGUGCAUACGAAAUUCAGGAGUAAAUGUCAAAGCAGAUUCUUGGUACAGCCCAGGUUGUUACUUCACAGUCAGCACACAUGGUGCUUUGGACAAAUUCCACUUCACAUGAAAUCAGGUCAGGAUUUUCUCUCUCGCUAGGAAACCUACCCAGUCAGCAAAAGAACUGGUGGGUAAACAAAGCAGCAGCAGGUCUGACAAAGACACUGGCUGUCCUCCUCAAUUUCACCAAGUGGGGCUUGAAAUAAUGUUCGAGUGUGUCUGUUAAUACAAGCCCCUUGAAACAACUAAUCCAUCCAUAAUAAGACUGUUUGUGAUUCUCCCCUAAAUGGCCAUUUGUGGCCCUUUUGCAGCUGUUUGUUUAGCUGUCUGCCUGAGGUUUUGACUGGCCUACAUUCAUGGGAUCCAUAAUAACAUUGGCCUUGAGUGUAAGCGAUCCUUUAAGCACACAAGACACCAUUUCUUCAAGUGCGUGAUCACACUAGACAGUCUGCAGCUUUUUCAUGGAGCAAAGUGCUGCUGCACACAGCGCUCAGAUAAGCCUGAAAGAGCAGAAGGAAAGCCCUAUAUUAUUUAUUCAAGACUUCCACGUGCGCUGGGUGAGCUGGGAUGGUCCAAACUCAGCCGUCUGAUUGGACACACCUUAUUCUAAAGUCACGCCCUCCACACUUACCAUCCAUAAUGGGCGGGGUCUGUACUGCAUUAACACCCGUGAUUGGCCCAGGAUACGAAAAUUUACAGCUUUAUCUCCGCGGGUCCGAGGAGCGGUUCGUGCGCGAUAUAAAUACAGCCUCCAGUCCGAGUGAAGAAAAUGAGCAGCGACCGGCCAAUGUCUCAUGCUUAUCUCUGCAAGAAGGAUGCUGCAGCAAGCUCUCAGAGUGUCCGGGCGAAGCGCCUUUCCCCUGGUCAAGUGGAUGGAGAAGUGGGUUGAGGGCGCCACGCAAGGGGGGACCACCAAGGGACAAGCGGUGAAGAAGCUGAAAGACAUGCCCGGGCCGUCUUUACCAAGCUUUGCCUGGGACCUGUUCGCUAAACGGGGGCUGUCACGGCUGCACAAGCUGCAGGUAAAGAGAUGGAUGGAUGAGAAUAUUGAUGCAGUGGGACUUCUCAUAACAUCAGUUAGGCUGUAGGGAUCAAUUCCUGAAAAUAAAAAUAAAAAUUUGUAACUUUGCAAUAAAAAAAGACAUUAAAUGUAUUAGUCUCUUCAGUUAUUUGAUGGUCUCUCCCUCCUACAUACUUUUUUUGUCCAUCCUAUGUUUGCAGAUGGUUGAGAGAGGAUUUUUUUUUCUUUUGCUCCUGUUUCCAAAGGGCCACUCCUUGUUGAAUAAUGUGAAAUGUCUGUAACUUAUGUCUUAAUGGGCUCUUAACCAAAAAGGAAGUUUUAAAGAUCUGCUGUGUGAUGUUAAUAAUGCUCUUGAUAUUUUUCUUUGGAUUUUAAGGAGGAUUUAGUUCUGGAGGGAAGUGCAUUCACAUUUUUUUCCACAGCCAGCAGGUUCUUUUUUGUUCCCUUUUUAAGGUCAACUCUCUCUUUCUCUCUCUCUCUCUCUCUCUCUCUCUCUCUCUCUCUCUCUCUCUCUCUCUCUCCCUCUCUCUCUCUCAUGUCCCAGCUGGAAGGACUUCAGCGCUAUGGGCCAAUGUGGAAGGCAAGCUUUGGCCCCAUCCUGACAGUUCAUGUGGCUGACCCGGCGCUUAUAGAGCAGGUCCUGAGGCAGGAGGGCCAGCACCCCAUGCGCUCUAACCUGUCCUCCUGGAAAGACUACAGGAAGCUCAGAGGACACCACUAUGGACUUCUGACGUCGUGAGUUUCCCUCUGAUUUUACAGCAUUUCUCUAGUGUGUGAGUUUUAAUGAUGCAGUCUAGUAACCCAAAAGACUGAGUCACAACAUGCUCCAUGUAAUGAAAAUACAAGGAAAGAGAGAUAUGUGGUCUUUACUUGAACUUCCAGCUUCAAUUUCUCGAAGUGUACCACUGAGACCCCUGAGUGAAUUAUUCACUUUUCAGUUGUAUACCAUGUUUGGUGUCAAGUUGUUUGCUGACUGUGAAUGAAGUAAAGUGAAAAAAACUUGAAGAAGUUCAUGUAAUGUUACUCUAACCUACGUGUCUAUUGUUUUUAGUGAAGGGGAGGAGUGGCAGGAAGUGAGAAGUCUUCUGGGGAAACACAUGCUGCGGCCGAAGGCAGUCGAAGCGUACGAUGAGACCCUGAACAGCGUGGUCAGCGACCUCAUCAGCAAACUGAGGCUUCGCAGGAGUUCUCAAGGCCUUGUCACCGACAUCACCACAGAGUUCUACCGCUUUGGCCUGGAGGGUAAGGUUUCACGUGUCGUCGUGUGAGGAGAGGCCAGUUUAUGUGACAUCACACAGUGUACCACACCAUAUAAACACUGGUAAUUAGGCCACAUGCAGAAAGAAAUGCUGUGUGAUAGCAGUGACAUUUUAAACAAAACAUGCCAGUCAAAGCCUGACAUGCUCAAAUAUAUAGCCUUCAUGAAUAGAGACAAAUAACCUUUAUCUCAACCUCUGAGAACUGGCAAAUCAGAUUAUUUUCCAAUGUAGAAGUAACAUUUUCAUGUUUUUGAGGUUCAUGAUUUAAAGUCCUUAAAUUUAAGUUUUAAAAGGAAAUGUUGUAGUGUUUUUAAGGUCCAACUUCAUAAAUUAAUAAUCAGUUCAAACAAGCUCAAAGCAAUGAACUAGCAGUUAACAUAAUCAAUAGAAAGUUGAAAUACCUGCCUAAAAGUAUUUUAUCAAUGGGUUAAAGGGUAAACUCAGCACAUAGGAUAUAUAACAGUAAAAGUUGACCAACAUUUAUAAAUAACAAUUGAAAUAGUUUACAGGUUUAGUUGAAACAGUCAACUAAAAUGCAAAAAUGAACAGCUGAAAUGUUCAAAAGUACUGGCUAAUUGAAGAAAUUUAAAUGACAGUACAGUACAAAACAGUUCGUUCAUUUUUCUUAAAGCUCUAGUCGUGUUGGAAUUGAAAGUCUUUAAAAAGUUAGCUGAAAGUAUCAAUGAAGUUAGAGUUCUGGCUGAGCUGAAUAGGUUAACUAAAAAAACAUAAAAGAAUCAGUUCAAAGUGAAUGAAAAGUUGAAAGUACUUUCAUUCAUUUAUUUAGAUCUCCAUUAGCUUUGGCUAAGGCCAUUGCUAUUCUCCCUGGAGUCUACAUGAACAAUUAGCUCUCCAUCGCAGCGCAAAGUCACAAAAAACAUCACUCCACAAACACAAAGACAACGUCAAUAACCACAACAACUCACAACAGCCUAUGAGACAAAAAAAACAACAAAACUAGAACAAUACAAACAACAUACAAAUAUUACUGGACCUUAUUUAUUUCCACAGUUUAGCUAUAGUUCUGAAAUAAUCAUACUGUGUUAAAAGAUUAAAAUAAUAAACAAAAACUUAAAUUCAAAACAUAAGUUCUAAAAUUUAAGUCAUGCAGUCUAAGUUUCUCAAGUGGUAAUAUUCAUAAAAGUGAACUGUACUAAACUCUAAUUUAUUAUUUCGUUUAAGCCCCCAAUAUUUUUUGAUAUUUUCACAAAACCUCCUAGCUUUUCUCCUUUUCACAUUGUAUUGAUCCAGCAUAUUGCAGGACCUAUUUUGAAGAUCAACACUGAAAGCAAAGUCACUGAGGAUGCAUGCAUAAAUGUUCCCACAGUUAUUCCUGAGGAGAGAGAGAGAGGAAAGCUUUAUUCGUUCAUUUUAUUCCCCCAUACAUCUCCAGACUGAACACAGUUUCAAUCAAGUGACUGCGUGGUCUGACGGAGGGUUUUUAACAUGAACUCCACCACUGUUAAAAAUGGUUGUGUUGUUGAAUGGAGACUGUGCUCAGACACAGUAUAUAUGUCAGAGUGUGACAUACAGUAUAUGCUAUUGUCCACUCUGAACUGACCUUACAAUUGAACAUAUUAGAUCUUGUCAAAGGAUCUUUACUUAUAUUUAUGUAAUACAUGUAAAUACAAUGAAUGCACUUUUCUGUCAACCCUCAUUUGUUCCUCACCCUCUCAUUUCUCUUUAUUCUCACAGGUAUAUCCUCUGUGUUAUUUGAAUCCAGAAUCGGCUGUUUGGACGAGGUUGUCCCUGAAGAAACUGAACAUUUCAUUCAGGCGAUCAACACUAUGUUUGUGAUGACACUUCAAACCAUGACCAUGCCCAGCUGGCUGAAACAUCUGUUUCCUAAACAGUGGAACAUCUUCUGUCAGUGCUGGGACUUCAUGUUUGACUUCGGUAGGUCAUUUCUACCCCAAAUGUUUGAGCUUCAUUUGGGCAUUGAAAAACAGUUUAAAAUGUAGAUACUUUAAAGUCUUUGAGAUAUUGAAACAAAAUCAGGCAGAAACAGAAACAAACAUGUCAAAAAUAUUCCACAUGAAAGUACAAGACAGCUCCAGUCUUUACACAAGCUAGAGAUGGUGUACACGCAGCUAGCCCUUCAUCUAGAAUUGGGACUAAAAUAAACACGGAGAUUGAACAUAGCGUAUGCCUUCCAUACUUCAUGUAAUUAUUUUUUAGUUCUCGUAGGCCUCUGUUGGUUUCCACUCAACUCUGGUCAUUCGUUCCACUCACUCUCACAGUUCAUAAAGACUUAUCCUGAUCCGGGAUGUCAAUAUCAAACAUGUUUAAAAUAAUCAUUCUGGUGCAAACUGGAACAGGAAGCAGAAGAUUAAAGUCUUUAACCCUCACGCACUACGAGAUCAUCUGCAAGGGAGAAGUCAUAAAGAUUAAAGUGAGGUUAAUAUCAGCCUGGAAGUUAAGUUCUUGACCUCAAGUUAAGGACACGGAUUUAAAAUGUGCAAAAAAAGGAGUGUGGUUUCUUCACUGGGUGUAAAAUAAAUGAUUUUAGACAUUUAUUAAGAGGGGAAUUUGAUGUCAAACCACUGAAAAAACAAACAUAUAAAAGCUCUGAAUUUACUUCUGUGUCUUAGUAUCUGUGUCAUGUACCCUCACUUUUCUAACAUCCUCUAAUCUCUGUGACUCCAGCAAAAGGUCACAUCGACCAGCGUCUGACGGCUGAGGCUGAGAAGGUUGCCCGUGGGGAGAAGGUGGAGGGCCGUUAUCUCACAUACUUCCUGUCACAGACCGGCCUGCCUAUGAAGACUGUCUACAGCAACGUCACAGAGCUGCUUCUCGCAGGAGUCGACACGGUAAUUCUUCAUCUUUGACUCUUUUUUUUCUCUUGAAUCUGUUGCUGGUCCUACAGAUUUAACAACUUUUACAUUGUCCAUCCUAGAUCUCUGGCACCAUGUCCUGGUCAUUGUAUGAGCUGUCACGUCACCCUGAGGUGCAGACCUUGCUGCGGGAUGAGGUAUUGAGUGUGAUGGGGGAUCGGAGAAUACCUUUGGCAGCAGAUGUGGCCCGCAUGCCUCUCUUGAAGGCCACGGUGAAAGAAGUUUUGAGGUAUAAAACUGUUCACGAUGUCUUAUUUAGUUAUCUGUUUUUCUGUCUGCAGGUUGAGUGGUGCUUAAAUUAUGAAUCCUUUUUUUUCUAGGUUGUACCCAGUUAUUCCUGCCAAUGCAAGAGUCAUAACAGACAGAGACAUUGAAGUUGGAGGAUACGAAAUACCUAAAAAUGUGAGCAAUUUCCACAAAUUAAAGCACUUUCAUACUGUAGUCACACGAGAUAAAGACUGCACUGAACAGAGCACUUUGUUUUACCUUUCUUUUGGCGAUGCAUCCCAAACUUUAUCUGAUGAUUUCAAUCUCUCUUCAGACUCUCAUUACCCUGUGCCAUUAUGCCACAUCACGGGAUCCAGCAGUAUUUCAAAAUCCUGAUGAAUUCCAGCCUCAUCGAUGGCUGAAGAAGGACUCGACUCACCACCCGUACGCCUCUUUGCCAUUUGGAGUGGGGAAACGUGGCUGCAUAGGUCGACGUAUUGCUGAGCUGGAGCUCUACCUCGCUCUGUCCAGAGUGAGUGACCAAAUUUGAACUUAUUUCUAUGAAACCUUAAAAACAGAUUUUUUUUUUUUUUUUGCAGAAGUUGUAGAGUUCUAAAAUUUUCAGGGACGAAAUCUGUUGUAAUUGAGGCUGAGCCAGCACUUUGACUAAACAAAAGAGAGGGCAUUGAAUGUAGCCUGGCUGGGCCAUCCAGUUGUGUGAAUCACUUGCCGUUCCUUCCCACAACAAGGAACGGCAAGUAAUUCACGCAACUGGAUGGCCCAGCCAGGCUACAUUGAAUGUGCAAUGUAAACAGAUUAUUUGAAUUAUAUAACACAAUGUUUCAAAUGUUUACCAUCAAAUCCAGUUUGUCUGUGUUUCCCACAAAUCCUCUUUCUCUAUGUCUUCCUGGAAACAAUGAAAGAAACUAAAAAAGGGGGGAUUAAAUUAAGCAGUGGUGCAAAUCCAGUUCUAAAUGAAUUAAUUUGAUCACUUAAUCCAGGGAUUUUAGUAAAGAGUCACUUCUCAACACUUAGCACCUGAUGUGCAGCUCAUUUCCCCCCAAUCCCUCACAGUAUUAACGUGUUUUCUCUGUUUCUGUCCACAUCAGAUCCUCUUAGAGUUCGAUGUAAAGCCGGACCCUGAGGGGAUUUCUGUGAAGCCCAUGACACGGACUCUUCUAGUUCCUGAAAAUGUCAUUAGCCUCCAGUUUAUUGAACGAUGACCCACUCUACUGGGCUGAUCUGUGAUGAGAGCACGAGCCUCUCAGCAGCACAGAGCAGGCAGCGUUUUCGCAGGAAUUGUGUGGUUGUUUGCACGUAGUGGAUCAUGUUGGGGAGAGGAACUUCAACCUUUGAUGCAGCUCUCCAUACCUGUCACCUAAUGAGCCAAGGCUGAUAUAUGGAGGAAAAAUGAGUAGAAAGAUGAACAAUGACAGCUCAGCACUGAGGCUUUCCACUGGGAGAAGUGUUACUCCAAAUUUUUAAAGUGUUUUCUUCUCAUAAAAUUAUUCGUCAAGCACUUAGUUGCACUGAAGUCAAAAAGAAAACCAGUGAAUUCCCUUAGUACACUUCAGCAGACAAUCAUUAGACAUUAGUUGUACUUUUAAAGCAUCUCAUUUUGUGAUAUCUGUAACCAUGUUUGGAUGUUUGUUUUAAUCUGAGACCCCUCCUUCUUUUAUCUGUUUAGGAUCUGUGAUCUUCUGAAGUCUUUACGCGGAUGUAUUAGUAAUGUCCUGUUUGUGCUUGAUGUGCAAAUAAUUCAUUUCAAAAGCAUUUCUGUAUACGUUUUCCUAAUAUGCUAAGAUGCACAUGACAUGUAUCUGCAAGUAAAUAACUCAGAGUAUUAAGAGAGUCUCAGACUGAACAUGGGACCGGUUUCGAAUAUCCCCAGAUCCCACUGAGCCACUAUGAGAGACAGAAAGUGUUGAAAUUUUUGAUCAAAUUGUAUUUUUGUAGGUGCUUAUGAUGAAAAAUGUUUACUAGUGUAUCCUUUUAUAUAAAAAGGCAGCUGUUGAUAUUAUUCCUGUGUAGGACUAUCCUGUGUAGGAACUUAAACUCUCAAUCUGUUCAUAUUGUCUUUGCGUUGUUAAUGUUUUCCGCUAUGUGACAGUGCAGCACAAUGCAAGUUUAUCCUUUUAUAACACAUCUUAACCUACUUAAGUGAUAUACAAUGGAUGUAAAAAGAACGUAGUAUUUAUUAUAAUUUAACACAUUGUAAAACCGUUACUGUAAAUGUCUAGAAAACAUUUCAAGUUGGACAUUUUCUUGUCUUUUAAUUUUCUUCCGCCUAACUGAAGACAUCUAGUUAAUAUCAAUGUAUCACCUUUGUCAUGUGUUUUGAUGUGAUGUCCUAUGUACUAUAUGUGUGCUUAUGAAAUAAAAUCCAUUCUUUCACAA